UUCCGUAACUUUUCAAAUUUUUUGAUAAAAAUUUAAUGGGUUGAUUCUUAAGGGCAUGUACUUUCAUAAAAUCGAUUUUAUUUACCCUCCAAAGGGUCCUACCCCUUAAAGUAUACCGGUUUGAACGUUCAAAGUAUGUAUAAAACGGCAGAUGCAACGAGUCCCAAAAGUAGCCAUACAAAAGAAGUAUAUUAGUGUACGAAUAACCUAUUCUAUAUCACUACAGAUCGUACUUGUGUUAGUAAAUACCGACAGAUGCUGGCAGUACAGCAUUAGAAGUCGAGCAGUACACACGACAAUUCUAUCGUAGUAUUUUAUUUUGUUAUAUUUUAAAUUAUUUAUCAUUACGAGUAUAUCUAGAAAAGGAUCUAAAAAUUUGAGACAAUCGAUUAACUCACGGAAGACAAAGUGGCAAUCGAAUAGUGGCUCAAAUUCUUGUAGAUACAUUAAAAAAGAAAUCGUGCACCAAAAUUUCGGAUCUCAACGCGCAGCAGAGUAAAUAAGAGGGAAGAGCACUUCGGCGACAAUUUUAAAUUGAAAAUUUGGAGACUACCACUGAUUUGGAGGACUUACUAUAUGAUCCUAGAAUAGACAAUUUUGUAUGACCAGCUCAAAGUUAGAGCUGCUCAAUGCAAAACAAAUCUAACAAAGAUUGUUUUUAAGAGAUUGUUCAUAUUUCCUUAUUUCUCGAUACGUUAUUAUAAUCAAAUUACUUAUUAUUUUUAAAAUACAUAUAUUUAAAUACAUUAACGUUUGUUUUGAACAAUCUUAAAGUUAAAAAAUAAUUUUUUUUUAACGCUUUAUCGGCCUUGUAACUAUGUACAACUUCUUAAAGGCAUCAGUGAGCAGUAAGCAAGAAUAAAGGCACUUUAAAGAAGUGUACUAAUAAACUAAUUAAUAUAAAAUUUUAAAUAACAAUGUCCCAAAAUUUAGUGUGGAAUUAUUUCACCCAACAUAGACGACCAGUAGCAGAAUGCAAUUUAUGUAAUGAAUGGUACCAUAGUGAUCAAGUUCAAAAUUUAGAGGAACAUCUGACCCGUGAACAUCCAGAAGUAAUAAUAGAAAUACGUGAAAGCAUUAGACGUGCCAAUUUAGAAAUGUGUUUUGCAUUCGACGUAGGAGAUUCUGAGGCAAGAUGUAAAUAUACUGACAAUUGCAUUGUCAACAUAUUUAACGGAAUAGAUUAUUUAGAAGAUCACUUGUGCAACCAUGUUAGAAAUGAUGUUAGAAGGGAGCUUAGAAAUGCAGAAAGAAAUCCAGACGGAACAGCAUCACAAUUAACAGCCGCAGAUGACAAUGCGAGUGCAAGUACCAGUAAUCAACCGACUAAUCCAAUUUUGCAAGCCACACAAAUUCUUGAAGAAUUGCCAUGGGGCAAUUCCGAUAGCUUGGUAUGGCGAUAUUUUAAACCAAUUAUAAAUCCUUUUGCAAAAUGCAUUAUUUGUAAAUCUUAUUACAAUGAUCCAACUUUGAAACUAUUUGAGAAUCACUUACUAUCUUGUCAUACAUACACCAUAGAUAAAAUGCGAUGUGAAAUUGAUGAAGAAAUUAGGCGUCUCGAUCUAUCACCAUACUUUAAAUGCGAGACAGUAAUUCCUCGAAUAAAAUGCAAUGUUGAAAAUUGCAUUCACUUUUUCAAUAUAUUUUAUGGAACAAAAAGAUUAAAAUAUCAUUUAGACACAUGUCAUAAAAGUAUAUGUACAAGGAUUUCUAUGCCACAAAAUAACACAGAUAUAAUAUUAGAACAAGCAGCUGAAGACACUAAUGAGGAUAUACAGCUAACAGUCGCAGAAGACAACGCUAGUGCAAGUACCAGUAAUCAACAGACUGAUCCAAUUUCACAAGACACCCAAAAUCUUGAAGAAUUGCCAUGGGGCCAUCCCGACAAUUUAGUAUGGCGAUAUUUUGAACCAGAUGGAAAACCUUACGCAAAAUGCCAUAUCUGUAAAAAGCGCAUCAAAGGUUUAUCUUUGAAAAAACUUGAGCAACACUUCCUGUAUUGUCAUACAAAUGUGAUUCAUGAAAUUCAAUGUGAAAUUAAUGAAGAAAUUAGAUGUCUCGAUCUAUCACCAUAUUUUAAAUUUCAUUCAAUAUAUCAAAUAGGAUGCAAUAUUGAUAAUUGCAUCCACAUAAUUAAUAUUUUUCAUGGAACAAAAAAAUUAAAACAUCAUUUAGAUACAUGUCAUGAAAGUAUAUGUACAAGAAUUUCCACGUCAAAAAAUAAUACAGAUGUAAUGACAGAACAAGUAGCUAAAGACAGUAAUGAAGAUAUACAGCUAAUAUCCGCAGUGGACGAUGCGAGUGCUAGUGAACAACCAAUUGAUGCACUUCGGCAAGACACAGAAGAUCAUAAAGAAUGGUGAUAGGGCAAUUCUUAUAACUUUGUAUAGCAAUAUUUUAAAUUAAAUGAACAGCAAAAUGCAAUAUCUGUAACAAAUAUUUCAAAGUUACAGUUUUAAAAACAUUUGAGUGACACUUGCUAUGUUAUCAUAAAAAAUUAAUAGAUAAAAUGCGAUGUGAAAUGAAAGAAGAAAUUAAAUGCCUCAAUCUAUCGCCAUAUUUUGUAUGUGACAUGGAAUUUCUUCAAAUAGAAUGCAAUGUUGAUAAUUGCAUUUACAGUAUCAACAUAUUUCACGGUAUAGACGGAUUAAUAAAACAUUUAAACAAAUGUCAUGCAAGUAUGUUGACAACGACAUAUUUUCCAUACAUUUCAAGAAGUAGCACACAUUUUCAGGGGGGAAUGGGUAUAUAGAUGCAAAUCAACAUUAAGUAUUAUAUUAAA